CCGCUGAUGGCACAUUGAACUUGCAUGACGUCAAUGUGUCACAAUCAGCUGGCGGCCACGCUCGCUAGCCGGCACCCUCGGACACCGGUGCCCUGGGUGUCCAGGGGUCAAAUUCGGUGACCAAGGGUCGGGGGAGACUUUUCGAGCAUAAUUUUUGACCACGACGUCGGUUGGCCGGGGCCCCCCGUCCGCACCACGUGACCCAAUCGGGGAUCUUGAUUGGACAAUUACCAGAGCCCCUCAACUCAACCUCUACGUCACAGGUUCCUUUGAUCACGUGACCGCCCCCCGAGCGGCCAUCUUGGCAGUUUUCUCCUGUUUAGCAGGGGUUAGUGACGUCGAGCAGGUCGGUGCAUGCCCAUAUCUCGGGACGUGAGAGUGUUGUCACACCCGGUCAUGACGUGCUGAAUCUAUCGAUGCUACGUUGAAGGCCCAGUAUUUUUUAAUUUUUUUUAUUUGUGAUGGAAGCUGUAAUGAUGCCUAGCGGGGAGGCAUUGAACAAGUCGGACAACGGGGAGGAUGCGUCCGCCCAGGUGCACAGCAACGGGGAAGCAAAUGGAGGCGGCAGUGAUGGCGGUGACAGUCCGCCACCUGCCAAGAAAUCCAAAAUUAGUGCCUCGGAUGACGGUGCGGGCAAGAAAGCGCCCAUUUUAGUGGAAUUAGGCUCGGACGAUUAUCCAGUAGACAAUGGUAUUUCGGGGACAGACGCUUUCAGUGCUGAGGAGGAGAAUGGGGAGGAACACCAGAACGGGGAAGACUUGGACAAUGACAGUGUUUGUGAGUUGGAGGGCGGCGAGGAGAUAAAUGGGGAGGAUGAACAGGAGGAGGAAGAGGCAGAAGAAGAUGAGAUUCAAGAAGUGGAGACCAAUGAUGAGGUGCAGGAAAUCGACGACGAGGACGAGGACGGCGAUAUACAGGAGGUCACUGAGGACGGCGACCCUCUGGACAACAGCGGCGUUGGUGGCGAAGAGUCAAACGACGCGUCCAACGUCAAGACGCCGCCGAAAAAAGUCGUUAACGCGCCUAAAACCACCUCCAACAGCCAGCAAGAGGCUUUAAACCUGACCCCCCGCAGGAGCGGCAGAAACUCCUUGAAGAACAAAAGAUACAUCGACGGCGAGGAGGAUGACGACGACGGCUCCGACAUCGAGGAGAUCGUGCCGCAGGACCCGUUGGCCGUUAUCACGCCCGUCAAAAAAUCAGUGCUGAGCGAGAGUCUGUCGAGCAGUGCGGAAAAAAUUCCAAAAAAGAACACUAUAAUAGUGAGUGAUACGAAGGCUCUGGCGAAAAUCGCGGCCAGCAGCAAAGACGGCAAAAAAGAGCCGACCUUAGUCAUCAUCGACACCAAUUCCAUUCUCUCGGGCAGGGGGCCGGUGCCGUUGACCGCGCCCUCGGGGCCCAGCGCCAGCCUGUCCUCCGCGCAGGGGGUGUACCCGCUGGGCGCCAAGUCAAAACCAGCCACGCCGCCCCCAGGUGCCGCGGCGACGAAGCAGCAAAAGGCCCAGGCGGGGCUCACCGACGACAUGUACGUCGUCGAGGCGCCCUCUUUUAUAGUUCCGUAUGUGUAUGAAAAGCCCGCCAAGGAGUCUUUAAAGGAUACUAUAGAGAAACUUGCCGAGGGUGUUAGGGAAAAGGAGCGAAAGGAAAGAGAGGAGAGGAGGAAACAGAGGCAGGAGGAAAAAGAUAAGAAGAAGAAGGAGAGGGAAAAACGAGCACAGAAGAAGGCACAGGAAAAGGCUGAACGAGAGGCGGCAGGAGAAGAUGGUGCACUGGACCCCAACGACACUGACUACACUGACGAAGAAAUCGACGACGAUUCAGACAGUGAUUUAAGUGACGCCAAAGGCCCUGCUCCGAAGCCGUCAUCCUACUUCGAGAGUCCGAUCGGCAAGUUCUUCAUGAACAUUGGAAUGAACAUGGUCCAGGAGUACGUCCAGACCGACUUGCUGAAAAUGACGAAGCGGAAGAUGAACAAGAGCAGCUCAAACAGUACCGAGAACCAGAUCGCGGUGCAGUCUUUGCUUAAAAAUCUGGAGCAGAGUAAGGAGAACAACAAGCCGUACAAGCACGAGACGAAGCAGUGCAAGCUCUGCAACUUCAAGACGGAGUCGGACGUGGUGCUUGAGCACCACCUUGAGAUUCCGCACUUCAAGAAUUUUGUAUACUGCUGCAACUUCUGCCCUGUCACGAUGCGCACCAAUCAGGACAUCCUGAUCCACAUGCAGACCGAGCACAAGAAAUGCGGUCGGAUGGAGCGGGCUCCUUCCUUCCACCAGUGUCCCAACUGCCCGUUUGAGGACAACCAGAAGAGCAAGAUCACCAGGCACAUGAUUUCCUGCCAGAAGCGCUUCCGGCCCGAGAAGAACCUAGAGCCGCCGCUCGACUGGGAGCCACCGGCCAAGAUCCCGCGCGUGCCCAAGCAGCGGCAGAUAUUGCCUACGCAGGCGAUGGCGCAGUUUGGCAACCCCCGCCUCCAGGGCCAACUAGCGCAGCAUCCGCUCAUGCCCAAGCUCGCUGGCACGACCCUGGUGCCCAAUAUACUAAGCAGCGCUAGGGGCAAGGGUCGCCCGGCGAUGGGAUCGCGCUACCUGCCCGACCUAAAGGCCAUGCCUAAGGCGAUCACCCCGUCGCAGUUGCGCCAAACUGGAGCCAUGUUCAACCAGAAGAUGAUGGUCCCCAACGCCGCCUAUCAGCUGUCCAACAAUCAGAUGUAUCAGAAAACUAGUUUGAUCUCAACCUUCCAGCGUUGGCAGCAGCAGCAAAACCAAGUCUUGCCUGCCCAACUUAAAAGUCUGAUGCAAGGCGGCACCACUGUUCCUCUGGGACUGUCUUCUGGAUCGCUAACAAUUCAGACUACAAACAAGUCCCCUGCUGCGAAACUUCUGCAACAGCCUAGCAUAUCGAUUACGCCGCUGCCCAGGCAGACCAACACUUCAUCCAGCACUUCUAUCAGUCCCGCUGCGAGCCAAAUGACUAAGCCUGGUCAGCAGGGUGGCAAGAAUAACUUUGUCAUCUGCGAAAUAUGCGACGGUUACAUCAAGGACCUUGAACAACUCCGUAAUCACAUGCAGUGGAUACAUAAAGUGAAAAUCCAUCCCAAGAUGAUUUACAAUAGACCUCCUUUGAAUUGCCAAAAGUGCCAGUUCCGCUUCUUCACUGAUCAGGGUUUAGAAAGACAUUUGCUUGGAUCGCACGGACUAGUAACUUCAAGCAUGCAAGAAGCUUCUAAUAAGGGAAAAGACGGUGGACGCUGUCCCGUCUGCGGAAGAGUAUACCAGUGGAAGCUAUUAAACCACGUUGCUAAGGACCACAAUAUGACUCUGAAACCGGCUCAUUUAUCUUACAAGUGCACCGUGUGCACGGCUACGUUCGGCAUGUACAAGCAGUUCGAGAACCACGUAUACUCUGCGCACAGCGUGGUGGCCAAGCGGGUGAUGGACAAGAAGCCAACCGGGCCGCCAGCGCGCGCCAGCAACUCUGACUCGCUGCUGAAGCCGCUGAAGAUCAAUGACGAGAUAACCAUCAUACCUCAGCCGGCCAAGGCGCCGUUGGCAGGACGUGGUGGAGCUCAGAAAAAGGUUAGAUGCGAGGCUGACGACUCCGGCUCCGAGAACUCAAUGUAAAAUGCGAAAGACCACAGCACCCUGCGCAAGGACGGCGGGGCAGCUUAAAGCCCUCUUUAUUAGCCUUUCGACAGCAAGAAAACCAUGUCAUGUCACUCACUUUUGUAAGUGGACUCUAUUUUUGUGAAAAGUGAUAUAUAAAUAAGGGCAGAAAAGCAAGAAAGAGCAAGAAAAUGCGUGCAUAUUUGGUGGCUAUGAUUCCCCAAUAUCUGAAGGAGCGAACCGAGCGAGCGAGUCCUCUUGCAUUUUAGAUUAACCGCGACGACUGGCACAUUUACUUAAUCGUUUUUAUCCCUCCUGGAAAUGGGUUGUGUCCUGCCGCUGCCGCACUCGGUUCUGGAGCUGACAAAAUAUGCUUGAUUUUCUGGGCCUUUCUUCUUUUUGCACGAACAAGUGAAGUUUAAAAGAGUUAGAAAAACAAAUAACACAAGAAAAAGAGAAAACAAGUUAAGCAGGGUUUGAUGAAUGGAAUCGGACGUGCGCGAGUCGACUUUCCCAGAAGCUGAUCCGGUGGGUUUGGCUCAUCAACCUAGUAGACUGAUAGAGCAUUCAGUUAGGUGGCUUCAUUUAACCAAUUACUUUAACUCAAGGGGUUUGUCGAAACAAGUAUUACGAUGAUUAUUGUGAUUCCAUUAAGUAAGUGGCUCCGAGUGGAUCAGGGACUUGGGAGGUCCAUGCAAGUUGUAUGUAAUUUAUUGUGUUUUUUACAACGUGCCGAACUGAAGCUAAGCAUUAGCAUAAAAAGAAACAAGAAUGAAAAAAACAAUUAUCUACAAUUUACUUUUUUCUGUUUUCGUUAAUUUUUACAUGUCCUCAAGUAAGAGCAUUCACAGAUUCUUUUUAGACGCCAACAUUCUUAUGUUUUAGUUUACGCUGAAUAUUUAUUGUCAAAGAAGCUUAACUCAUUUCUUACAAAGAAAAUCUGUAUCCAAUAGAAAACUUCAAUUAUUGUAUUUGGUUAAUAAAGGGAUUAAAUCAUAACAUA